AUGGAUUCCGCCGCCUUGGAUCCACGCCUACGCAGCCCUCACGAUUCCUCAUCAAUAUCCGUUUCCGUCGCCCCGGCUGCGUCAUGUUCGUCCUCGUCCUCGUCCCGGUCGCCAUCUAAUUCAACUCCUACCUCUACCUCCAUCCCUGCCCCAGACCCAAACCCAAACCCAAACCCCACAGCCAGCGGGCCCGGCUCUGGAAUAGCGGCCAUCGGGGAUACAUACAUCAACGGCUCCGUCCCGGGCGCGGGCCAGGUCGGAGCUCUACAAGCCGCCGCCCCUGCGCCAUCCUCUGCCUCUACUCAUACCCCAAGCAAUGUCCCGUCUCCCGAGCUGCAGCGCAUGAGCCAAGGCGUCAACUUCCACACCGCAUACUCACAGGCACCUACAAAUGCACCUGCACCCCCCCUCCCGGCUUCAUCCGCCACAGCCGCCCUCCCUGAUGAUUCUGGCGAUCAUGACAACUCGGGGGCCGAUCCCAAGAAGGCCAGGGCCUGUGAGGCAUGUCGAGGCCUCAAGGUCCGCUGCGAGCCUGUGGCCGAGGACCCUGACGGGGCAUGCAAGAGAUGCGCCAAGGCUGGACGCAACUGCAUCAUCACUCAGCCCACCAGGAAGCGCCAAAAGAAGACGGACAAUAGGGUGGCCGAGCUGGAGAAGAAGAUUGAUGCUUUGACUGCUACCUUGAGCGCUACCAAGGCUGGCCAGGCUGGCACCUCCCUCUCCGCUCAUCCUGAAGCCGCCACCGGGUACUACGGCGCACCUGGAAAUGGUCCUCCCAGGAGCUGGAACGUCGUCGAUGGAAUGUCCAGUUACGGAAAUAAUGCAGGACACUCACAGGGUUCUUCAUCUUACAGCGCACCACCAGCAGCCCUGGCCGGUCAGAAGCGGAAGCACACUGAGUUGGCUGAAAAUGGUGGCGACGCUCCAGCAUUUCCAAGGAGCCAUGAGUACCCUGAUCUCGUUGAUCGCGGUAUCAUUAGUAUCAACAAGGCGGCUCAGCUAUUGGAUCGGUACAAUUUCCAGAUGGCGCCUCAUCUACCCGGUGUCGUCUUCCCUCCCCACCUGACCGCCGGCGAGCUCAGGAAAACGAAGCCAGUCCUGUUCCUUGCCAUCAUGGCCGCUGCUUCUUCUGGCGCUCCCGAAAUACAAAAAGUCGCUGUCAGAGACCUCAUGCAGACUUUCGCCGACAGGAUCGUCAUCAUCGGCGAAAAGAGCAUCGAGCUGGUCCAAGCCUUGACUGUUGCCGUUAUGUGGUACUGGCCACCAGAACACCUGGAGGAACUGAAAUUCUACCAACUUGUGCACAUGGCCAUGAUCAUGGCCCUCGACAUGGGCCUGGGAAAACGCAGACCCAGGGGUAGCAAACCAACCCUGUGGGGUGCACAACCUUCCAAGAGGCAUCCUCAACCAGACCCAACCACCAUCGAAGCCAGACGAACCUGGCUUUUGUGCUACUACUUGACUGUCAACACGGCCAUGGCUCUGCACCGACCAUACCUGCUCAGAUGGACGUCGUUCAUGGCCGAGUGCAUGGACAUUCUCGAAUCUUCACCAGAGGCUGCGCCCACGGACAAGUAUUUCUGCCAUCUCGUGUGGACGCAUCAACUGGCAGAAGAGAUCGGCUUCCAGUUUUGCAUGGACGACCCUUCCGUCUCAGUCAACCUGUCAGAUCACAUGACACAGCACAGGAUCAGGAGCUUCGAGCGGGAGCUCGAUAAACACAAGACACAGGUUCCAGCAGAGCUGAUGCAGCCAUCACUUAAGCUCAGCUUCCACACCUUGAGCCUAUAUGUGCAUGAGCUUGCUUUACAGACGGACCCGGCCGAUGCCUUCAAGGAACCGUUCCCCUCCGAGAACGUCGUCAAUAAUACAGCGCUGACUCCAGCCUAUACCAGCGCCCUGGCGGCCUGUCUGACGGCGAUUGAUGGGAUUUUCGACACAUUCUUGGGAAUGGACCCGUCCAGUAUACGGUGUCUUCCCGUGUUCAACCUCGUACGGGUGUCUUAUGCGACGGUCAUUCUCAUCAAGAUACAUUCCGCCGCCUCUAAUCCCUCGUCGGACCUGGGGAAGGUCAUUGACAAGGACAGCCUGAAGGUGGAGCAGCAUUUAUCGAGUCUGGCUGAGAAAUUCCGUCUUAUUGCCGCUGAUGACAAGAACCACCCAGCUUCCAAUUUUCUUACUGUUGUAGUCAUGGUGCGGUCUUGGUUCCUCAAGUUCAGUCAGGGCCAACUGAAGCGUGGCGCCGCCACAACUGAUACCUCGACGACUGUGGCAGGGCCAGGCCGAGCAGACAAUACUGCUCAGGCCAGCAGCAACCCUUUGCAGCUUCUAUCCGAAGCGGCCACAAACAAUCAAGCUGCUGUCAGCGGACUCCCGCAGAGCGGCAAAGACAAGACGGAUGCCGGCACGGCGUGGAGCCGUUCCUCUUCGAACGAGGCAGAUCCAAACCAAAAGACUAAUGGUGGUGGAAACAGCAACAUGCCGCCACCUCCUAGUCCUCAGGCACAAGCACAUCCUCAUCAACACGGCUUUGUCGGCGGCACACCUGCUCUGUGGCUCAACUUCGGCUCGGACUUGGACCCCGGCAACCUGACUGACGGGUUCACGCAAGCUUGGAAUCUGACCAUGGAAGGCCUCGGUGACGGGCCGAACGGCCUACAGGACUUCUACAACUUUGCACUCGGGAUCCCUGACCCGCUACUCGGCCCGGCUGGGGCCCAGAUGCCUGGCCCAGAUACGUUUCAAUCUUAG